GGUAAAUUCUAAACAAGUAUAAUACCCCCAUCAUUAUUACCUAUUCACAUGGUGUAUAUAUAAGACAGCUCCAACAUUAUCCUCAAACAUUACACAUUGUACAGUACUCAGUAAAACACUGAACAAUAUCCAGACGACAAACUACCAAAAUGCAGGUCACAUUGGUCCUUUCUUCGUUGUUGUUGGCCGCUGUGGUCAGCGCCUACCCUGCUCAAGGUCCCGAAUCUAGGGCCGUCAUCUUGAACCAAGAUACAGAAGUAAACUAUGAUGGAACCUUCAAGAACAAAUUUGAAACCGAAAAUGGCAUCAAACAAGAAGAAGUCGGCUACCUGAAGGCCGGCCCUGAAGGCCCAGUCUCAGUGGUCCAGGGCGCCAGUUCCUACGUGGCCCCAGACGGUUCAGUCAUCUCGACCGGUUACAUCUCGGACGAGAACGGUUACCGACCAGUCGGCGCUCAUCUGCCAACUCCACCACCAAUCCCAGCCGAGAUCCAAGAAUCUUUAAAAUUAUUGGCUUCUCUGCCCAGCACUCCUGAACCAAUAUACCAGUAAAUAACUCCAUCAUUGUCACCCUCUGAGAACUAUUCGCAUCCUUCGUCCUAAACUAAUUUUAUUUAAUCCUUUUCACUUGUAUCAAUCUUCAUCUCACCCUUUACAUUUUAUAAGACGCUCUGCAUCGUAUCGUCAUUAUUGUGUACUACACCUAUUAUACUAUUCAUUGUAAAUUUAUUAUUAUGUAAUUAUAUUACUACCUAUUUACUAUCGUCUGUGUUUUCAGACAUGAACUCAUGUAUAUGUAUAAUAUAAUAUGUUUUUAAGAAAAAAAUAAAAUGUGUUUUUAUAUUUCA